GAUAAUUAAUGAAAGUUACCUGCCUUUGGCGCUCAAAAGGCAGAGAAUACUAGGCCACUGCUGCUCUUUCUCUCUGUCAUCGGAAUCGUUUCCCUUUCAAAUUUUCACCGUCUUGCCGCCGUCGCCAAUCCUUCUCGUCGCGGCGGAUGAUCUCACCUUUCUUCCUUUGUUGUCUUGUUGCUACACUGUGUAUUAUUAGUUGUGGAAAAAAAAGAAAAAAAAAAGGUUUGAUUUUGAGAAAUGGGGGGUAAAAACAAGAAGAGGAAAAGAGAGGAAGAUCGGCCCGCCAUUCACCCCAACAACAAGUAUGCCGAAAACCCACCUGACUUUGCUCAUUUGGCUUCUCUCUACCCAUCCUUCGAACCUUUUGUGCAAUACUCGCGUUAUGGGAACCCUAGAAUCGAUUGGACUGAUUUCAACGCCACUCGUGAACUCACUCGUGUCUUGCUCCUCCAUGACCAUGCUCUUAACUGGUGGAUUCCUGAUGGACAGCUCUGUCCCACUGUACCCAAUAGGUCUAAUUACAUUCAUUGGCUUCAAGAUCUUCUCUCGUCUAACAUCAUUCCAAAUACUAUUUCAAGAGGAGGUAAGGUUAGAGGAUUUGAUAUAGGAACCGGUGCCAAUUGCAUUUAUCCACUUCUUGGUGCAUCCCUUUUGGGAUGGAGUUUUGUAGGAUCAGAUAUAACUGAUGUUGCAAUUGAGUGGGCGGAGAAAAAUGUUAAUAGUAAUCCACAUAUAUCUGAGUUGAUUGAAAUUAGGAGGGUUCAAACCGAUGCAACUACUUCCUCUGAGGAAAGGUUGCAUGGUGAAGAGUUGGGCCUUAGUGGCGAGAUAGAUUUGUGCAGUAGAACUGAGACGGAGGUAGAGCCUUUGCCGAUAUUACCUCUUGAUUUGAAUUCAUGUGAGAAUAAGAAUUAUCAUGGACCUCCUAUACUUGUUGGUGUAGUCAGGGGUGAUGAAAAGUUUGAUUUUUGUAUGUGUAAUCCGCCAUUUUUUGAAAGCAUGGAGGAAGGUGGACUUAAUCCCAAAACUUCUUGUGGUGGCACUUCUGAAGAAAUGGUUUGCUCUGGUGGUGAGAAAGCGUUCAUUACUCGUAUUAUUGAAGAUAGUACUGCACUGAAGCAUAGCUUUAGGUGGUUCACUUCAAUGAUAGGUAGAAAAUCAAAUCUCAAGUACCUUAUAUCAAAACUUUGGGAAGUUGGAGUCACUGUAGUGAAGACAACUGAAUUCGUUCAGGGCAGGACAUCCCGAUGGGGGCUUGCUUGGUCUUUCUUGCCUACUGUGCAACAGAAGCUAUCAAGUUCUUUGCCUAACAAGAGUACCAUGUCCUUCAUGCUUGAGGGUCUUCAACGCCAACAUGGUGCCAUUAAUGUGUUGGAAAAUGUCAAGUCUUACUUUUCUUUGCAUGGCCUAUCCUGCACAAUGAACACCUCCUCUUUCACAGUGGAUGUUGUGGCAACAAAAGAUGACUGUGAGUCAAUCUUGAAGAAUGAACUACCCAUCAUCAAUCAAUCUGUUGAUUAUCGACCUGCAAAGAAGACACCUAAUGAAUCAAGUGCUAAUCUAUCUUGUGAUAGAUCAGGCCUCCGUAUAUCAGUUUUUCAGCAAAUCCCUGGUACACUGUUGGUGAAAGGUUCAGUACAAGAUAGGAAUAGCCCAUUAUCAGGAGCAUUCUCAGUGAUUUUCCAAAAACUGGAGGAAGCCUUGCGAAAUAAAUUUUGUACCAAAUCUGGAUAGGUUUUUUGACCAUUUGAUUUAUCAUUUGGAACAGUGACUGGAUAUGUUAUGAUAUACUGGUAAAGUUCAUGAGUGUUGAUUUCUGGGGUCAAGAUUUAUAGAAAGCAUGUGAGAGUGCUGAUGUGCUAUGUUAGUGUAAAAAAGGAACUAGAGAGGGCAACACUAAUUUCUAGAGGCACCGACAGAGACACCGGACACAACACGGACACUGACAUGUCGACACCAAUAGUAAUUUAAGAAAAUGAUACAAUUCAUUGUAAUUAUAAGUGUCGUAUCGGUGGCUGACACCGACGCGUGUCCGAUAUUGGGACACGUUUAAUCCGAAGAGUGUCCGUGCUUCAUAGCUAUUUACCCUUGAGAAACUUUGUAUGGUACUAAACCUUGUAAGAACCAUUUCAGUUGGUUUGAGAAUUGUAGUUAACAGGUAUUGUUGACUUU